CAAAACCGUUAUGUUUUGUCCCGACCUUCGUCCAUUUCUACUACCAAGGCGUGUUCUUCGGCUAAUCUCUAAGGAAUUUCAUGUACCGAGCCGUUAUGGGUGCGUUUUUCUCUUCUCCGACGCUGCGUUCUGGUGAAAGCAAGGAGUUGAUGGUGUAGCGAGUAGACAGUAGGGCAGGGCAUAUAGUUCUAGCAGCUUUGGUAGCGCCAUUUUUCCGUCAGUGAAGAGAAGAUUAUCACCAGGCAUAUUUGUUCGAAUUAGUCGGUAGAAGAACCACGGGAUGGCUACGAAGUUUGAUACGCUAGUUGAAGGUCGAGAGGUUCCGGUGCCUUCGUAUACACCGGAGAAUAAGUACAUUGAAGAGACGGUGGACCACGAUGGUGUGACUUUCUAUACGACGUUCUGGCCUACUCCGAAGGAUAAGCAGUCCAAGGGACGUGUUGUUUUCGUCCAUGGGUUCUGUGAGUAUGCCAAACUGUACGUCAGGCUCUUUGACCAUCUAGUGAGACACGGGUAUGAAGUGUUCUUCUUUGAUCAGAGAGGCUCAGGCUGGACCUCUCCAGGAAAACAGCAGGGAGUGACUAAGGCAGAGCAGGUGAUGAGCGACCUGGACUUCUUCUUGGAGAAGAACAUUGGAGAGCUGGGUCCUGACGAGCCUCUUUUCCUAGGAGGGCACUCCAUGGGUGGUGGUAUCAUCUUAGACUAUGGAAUCUGUGGUAAACAUGCUGAUAGACUAAGUGGAAUAUUCACCACUGGACCUCUUAUCCAACUGGUGAAGGGAAUGAAACCACCUUACUAUCAAGAGUUGGCUUUGAGAAUGAUUGCCAAGGUGCUGCCAAUGUUCAGGUUCGAAGUGGCCACCAUCACCAUUGACAAGAUAACAUCCGAUCCCGAAUGGAGGAAAUUUGUUGAAGCGAACCCAUUGUUGAGUCCAACGUGGUGUACAUUGGGUCAGAUGGUUGGUAUGUUGAAAAGAGGUGAUGAUUUGUCGAACCCAGAGUAUAUCAAGGGUUAUUCAAAAGUGCCUUUAUUCAUUAUUCAUGGCACGGAUGAUAAGAUCAACGAUCCAAGGGCAUCCGAGAAGUUCAUCAAAUUGGCUCCAAUUGAGGAUAAGAAGCUAUUGCUAAUUCCAAAUUGUCAGCAUUCGAUCUCCAUCGAAGCUCAAGAGCAAUAUGAAACCAUGAGAACAGCAUUGUUUGAAUGGUUGGACCAACAUCGCUAGUUGCUAACGUGCUCUAUAACUUUCUUGAUCUGACAGCUGAAUCGCUAUGCUGUUUAUUGCUCUUUAAUAUACUACUUAAUACAACAUCCAC